AUGGGGCCAAUGGUCCGUCCUGGCAGGAAGCGGAAAGGCAGUGUCGAUGACACUCCUGCUAAUAAGAAGCCCCGGCCGGGAGCUGAGAAUGGCACUCCUGCUAAUAAAAACCCCCCCUUGGGAGCUGAGAACACAUAUGCCCCUGUGGAUCAUAUAGAUCUACCCAGGGGUACUCUUGUGACUUGUGUUGCAGGUAUAGAGCUGCAGCCUGAAGAUGUUGGCGCUGCCAUUCAAUUUUUGGAGUUCUGCCGCUUAUUUGGCGAGAUCUUGGAAAUAAGGGAGGGACAACCAGCACAAACUGUCAAGGAAAUAACUGGAGGUUGUCAACUUCGAGAGGUGCCUUCAGUUGUUUCUGACCUUCACAUAAGUCUGUUAUCCAAGAUAGAAAGAGGCAAAGCCAAGGUUUGCAAGUAUCCAGGACAUGGAGAUGAAUGGAUAAGAAAAGUCGGAGAAUAUUUCGCUGACUCGACAUUAGGUACCAAUGAUUUGACCCUUAACUGCUUAAGCCAGGGGGCAUCAGGAUAUAAAAAUUUGACCCCUUCGUCUAAGCUGGCCCUGCUGAAUCGUCUGUGUGAUGAGGCAUUAUCUUCUGAGUAA